CCUCCGAGAUGCCCCACAAGAAACAGGCUCAGGCCGGGGGCAGCAAGAAGGCGGAGCAGAAGAAGAAGGAGAAGAUCAUCGAGGACAAAACUUUCGGUCUAAAGAAUAAGAAAGGAGCAAAGCAACAGAAGUUUAUUAAGGCUGUCACUCAUCAAGUGAAGUUUGGUCAACAGAAUCCACGUCAGGUAGCACAAAGUGAAGCUCAAAAGAAAUUGAAGAAAGAUGACAAGAAGAAAGACCUACAAGAGCUAAAUGAGCUGUUCAAACCUGUAGUUGCUGCACAAAAAAUAAGUAAAGGUGCAGAUCCCAAAUCUGUGGUGUGUGCAUUCUUCAAACAAGGACAGUGUACUAAAGGAGAUAAAUGUAAGUUCUCUCAUGACCUCACUUUGGAGAGAAAAUAUGAAAAGCAAAGUGUUUACAUUGAUGCAAGAGAUGAAGAACUUGAAAAAGAUACUAUGGAUAAUUGGGAUGAGAAAAAGCUGGAAGAAGUAGUAAACAAGAAGCACGGCGAGGUGGAAAAGAAAAAACCAAAAACUGAAAUAGUGUGCAGACAUUUCCUUGAAGCUAUUGAAAAUAACAAGUAUGGCUGGUUUUGGGUGUGUCCUGGAGGUGGCGACAAAUGCAUGUAUCGCCAUGCACUUCCUCCUGGGUUUGUGCUGAAGAAAGACAAAAAGAAAGAAAAGAAAGAAGAUGAGAUUUCAUUAGAAGAUCUAAUUGAGAGAGAGCGUUCUGCCUUAGGUCCAAAUGUUACCAAAAUCACUCUAGAGUCUUUCCUUGCAUGGAAGAAAAGGAAAAGACAAGAAAAGAUUGAUAAGCUUGAACAAGAUAUGGAGAAGCGGAAAGCAGACUUCAAAGCAGGGAAAGCACUGGUCACCAGUGGUCGUGAGGUAUUUGAAUUUCGUCCUGAACUGGUCAAUGAUGAUGAGGAGGAAGCAGAUGAUACCCGUUACAUUCAGGGAACAGGCGGUGAUGAGGCUGAUGAUUCUAUGGGUGUCAAUGACAUAGAUGUAAGCCUGUACAUCCCAAGAAAUGUAGAAGAAACAGGUAUCACUGUAGCCAGUCUUGAAAGAUUCAGCCCACUUUCUUAUAGAACCCAGGACCAGCAGCCCAGGGAUGGCACCACCCACCAUGGGCUGGGCCCUUUCCCACUGACCACUAAAUAAGAAAAUGCCUUACAGCUGGAUCUCA